GUUGCGCCGAAAAAGUCCAUGGGCGAUGAUGGUAGAAAAAGGCGGAUAGUCUGUUAUCCCGAGGGCCUCUUUUGCCAGGCUUGGAUAUUUGCCUCCCAUGAAGUCAUAACUAGUUAUAAUAACCAAUUUAUUUGAUGCAGCUGAUGCCUCCUGUUGUCAUCUAGCAGGCAUCGCAUUUGGCAAGCUUCAGGAUAACUAUCAGAGAAGAUGCUCUCUCUCAAUACCCCGACCUACUCUGCGCCCUCUGGGUACCAGCUCUCAGAGCUGCCAAAGCCGGUGCUCGAGGACAGCAACGAUGUGAUCAUCAGAGUCUACGCCGCCAGCAUCAAUCCUAUCGACGUCAAAAAGGCGAAUGGGAUGUUGAAGAUGGCGAUGACGGAUGAGUUUCCUUACAAGAUCGGCUACGACUGCGCCGGCACCGUAGAAGAAGCCGGCAGCAGCGUGAGCCAUCUGAAGGCCGGCGACGAGAUAUACACUCGGCUGCCAGAAGCCUCUCGGGGUUCAUGCAGCGAGUUCGUGAAAUGUCCAGCGAAAGACGUUGCCCUCAAGCCCCCGUCUCUAUCAUUCACGGAUGCUGCCUCGAUCCCACUGGCGGCAAUGACAGCACUGCAAGCACUGCGACGCUACGACGGUGACCUUGCAGGGAAAACUGUGCUGAUCCCCGCUGGUUUGGGUGGAACGGGGUUGUUUGCCUGCCAGCUGGCUAAGCAUGCGUUCAAAGCCGGCAAGGUGAUUACAACAGUGUCGACUUCGAAGAUACCCAAGGUAAAAGAGCUUCUGGGAGACGACACCGUCGAUGAAAUCAUCGAUUACACAAAAGUAGAUCCCAAGGAUGCAAUCCAGCCCGGCACGGUGGACUUCCUUUUUGAUACCGUGGCUAACGCAAUGGAAUAUCUGAGCUUGAUGCGGCCCAAGACAGGCCACAUUAUCUCAGUGUCGACUGCUCCGUCCGGUGACCAGCUUCAGGCCUCUUCUUUGAUGCAGCUCCCCCAUCGACCAGCCCUCCCAAUGCCGAUCAAGCUCGCCCUGAACGUUAUGGACAGCAUUCGUAAGUUUCGGGCCCGUCGGUAUGGUGUUACCUAUUCAUACAUGUUUCUCGAGUCUAGCGGCAAAGAUCUGGAGGAGUUGAGAGACCUCGUUGAGUCCGGUAAGCUGAGGACGGUUGUGGGCACGACGGCCAGCUUAAGGGAUCUCCAGGUUGUCCGGGAGGCGUGCCAGGUUGUUUACAGCGGCCGCGGUGGCCUUGGGAAGGUAGUUAUCAAGGUGGUUGAUUAACGAAUAGACAGACCAUUGCUACCUAAUUGCUGAGAGAACCCUUUUCCAAUUCCGCGACUUUGACUGCUUUUUCAGCCCUGAUACCCCUAUCUACUCCUUAAUUAUCAGGCUGUUUGACCUACAAAUAAGUCGAAAUCCACAGAAUGAUAACUAUCAUAUUAUUAGGCUUGAAGAGUCAGGCAUCCGCAACUAAGACGAUACAACCCCUUUAGUAACUAUUUAGUGAGAGGGAUGUUAAUAUCAACUGUGCUCCCUUUCAACUGUCUGACAGCAGGAAGCCUGAGCUGCGAGGGAUACAAUCACGACCAGCCAGCUUCUAUCUAUAGACGACUUAGCC